UGCUUAAGCUCAGACUCAGAACAAUCAAAUUAAUUAGCAAGAAUGACCAUCACAAAUACGCAAGACGAUCUCCUUUCCAUCUCUCGAGGAUUCCAGACGCAACCACAGGUUCUCAAUCCUGUAGAAUGCAAAGUCAUUGGCAAGAUCCCCAGUUACGUUCAAGGCGCUCUUUAUCGAGCUGGUCCAGGUACCAUGCAUGUCGACCAGGUUGACGGCAAGAGAUAUGAGAUUCAGCACUGGUUUGACGGUCUGGCUCAGAUCCACCGUUUCGAGAUCGACAACGAAAAAGUCACCUACAGAUCUCGUAAUACAGCAACUGCCUUAGAGGAGACAAUCCGUCAGGGCGAGAACCGCGGCAAUUCUUUUGCCCAAGAUGUGUGUCAGGUUGUAUUUUCAAAGUCGUCAACCGUGAUGAAAGAGAUUCGAAAAGAAGAUCUCAACCCACUCGAGAUGUCCAACGUCGGUGUCGUGGUCGCUGUGGACUUCCCAGGUGUUCAAAACCCUGAUGUCGUUACAAUCUUUACUGACCACGUGAAGAUUCAAAACCUUGACUGGAAGACGCUUGAGCCACAGAGUCUCUAUACAUACGAAAAAUUCAACCCCAAGUUUGCAGGAAUGACGAGUGCCGCCCAUCCUUGUGUUGACGCCGCCAAGAGGGAAACUUGGCAAUUCACAACAGUGUUGGGUCCUCGGUCCGGAUAUAACAUUAUCACCUUCUCUGAUGAGAACCCUGAAGGAGAACUGGUGGAAUUUUUGGAAGGUCCUCCAGCAUACAUCCAUUCAUCCUUCAUCACCGAAAAUUAUUUUGUGCUUGCUGUACCUCCGCUCUAUGUAAACGGUAUGGAAAUGAUGCAAAAACGUAACGUGGCUCAGUCUCUUCGUUUUGACGAAAGCGCACCAUGUGCAUUCUAUGUUUUUGAUCGUGCUGCCAGAAAGCAUGUUGCAACCUAUCACGCCCCAUCAUUUUUUUUCUUCCAUUCCAUUAACAGCUAUGAAAAAGACGGUGCUUUAAUUCUGGAUGUUUUGGGCUAUGACGAUGGGUCAAUCGUGCAGGCCCUCUACUUCGCCAAUUUGCGCAAGAAAAUCCCAAGUAUAGAAAAAGCGACACCACAGCACACUCGAAGAUAUGUCCUUAGUGAUAUUGCUUCUGUCGAAUCACCCAAGGACAUUCAACAAGCUACUUUCUCUACCUUGGCAAAGGGUGCUUACCCAGAACUUCCUCGUAUCAACGAUAGCUACUUUGCAAAGUCUUACACUUUCUUUUAUGCUAUUAAUCUUUACGAUCCCAAUGCUAUCCAAGCCACCCUUGGCGACAGUUUGUGCAAAGUGAAUGUGAAAACCGAAGAUUACUGGGUUUGGAAGGAAGACCACUGCCUACCUGGAGAGCCAAUCUUUAUUGCCAAUCCUGAAGGUACCGAGGAAGAUGAUGGUGUGCUCUUGUCUGUGGUACUAGACGAAGCUAAGGGAGCAAGUUUCUUACUUGUUCUUGAUGCCAAGACCAUGAAAGAAAUCGCUAGAGCAGAAACGAACAGUGUAGUGCCUUUUGGCUUUCACGGUGCUUUCAAAGCAUAG